ACCUGAUAUAGAGCAAAAUUUUAAAUCAUUUAGACCAUGAAAAGGUCAUGCCAUCAUCCACAAAAUUAUAAACCACCAUGCAAUCAUUCACUAUAUUACAAACCUAGGCAGCCUGCAUCGAGAUUUGUAAAUGCCACAAAAAUGUAGAAAUGUGAUGAAAACAUUCAAAAAGUAAUAACCGACGAAUCAUAGCUUCUCAUAAUUGCCCAUCAAACCCCAAAAGCUGCUUCUUGGAAGUUUGCGAGGCACUAAUAUAUCUAUGCUAGCUCUAAGGUAAAGCUAGUGGGCAAUGCCGUAGCAACAUCUUAUUAGCUCGUACACAAAAUGUGAAAUAAGCACAUAUCCUUUCUAAAAGGUCAUGUGAGGGAGCCCUGCCCUAAGUAUGCACAAUACAGUUCAUGGGAUUAGAUAUAACGGUGGGAAGGAUGAGAGCUGUGACAGUUUUAGAGCUAGAAGCAAUUGAGGAUUGAGGUUACCAAGGACAUGGAGAACCACUACAUGCGGAAAGAUCAUGCAAUGAAGGCCAGCCAACUUUGGCAUGGCAUGUGAAUUUAGCAAGUGAUCGAGUGGAAAAAAGCAGGUGACUGACUCCAUGGAUACCUCAACCCUGCUAUUGGAGUGAUCCUGCGGAAUGGCACAUGUAUCCCAUGUUGGACUUAGAGAUGGGAGUAGCAAAGGUUCACUUGAGGGUAUCACAUUAUGAUCUUGUACUGGAUCUUCGAGGGUUUAAAGAUCUGAUAAGGAGCUACGUGGAAAGGGGAGGGGGAGAGAGAAUAAAUGUGUCGACAUUUUUUUCUAUAUGCAGAAAAAAGAAGUUACUUAAAAGAAUAUAAUAAAUAACAUAAAUAUAAAGGACACAACAACAAACCAAGCCUUAGUCCCACUAAAUGGGCCCAACUAUAUGGAUUCUAACCCACCAAUCAUCUGUAUUUAUAAUUGCAUCUUCUUAGAGUCAGCUUAAGAAUAUUUGUGGCUCUAGGCAAGAAUUAUUUUGGUGGUCCUUUAAUAAUAUAAAUAAAUAUUAAAAAUUAUUUAAAAUUUACUUUGCUUGCUUUUUGAGAUGCAAAAUCACUAAUUAAAUUUUUGUAUUCAAGUUUACAAAGCAAAUCUUUUUCAAUUGACAAUAUAGACAAGAAGAAAAGAUCUGAAAAUGUAAGAAUUAAAUAAGCAAAAAAAGUGGAGAAUCCACAACUAGGUUCUACAAAUUAAAGUCAUCGAUUUACUUUUUUUUUUCUUUAAUGCUCAGAUCAAUGCGGAUUCCCUAGACGAAAUUCUUGCCAUCCAAAUAAUCGUUUUAUCAAAUUAUCUUCCUAAAAUAACAUCAUUUCUUAUUAUUUUUUUUCCAUUGCCUUGCUAGUUUACACCUCACUAUUUAUUGCUUAACAUUGAAAAAUAAUCCGUGAACUUAGGGAGUUGAGGGAGCUUUUUCAUCUAAAUAACAUCUCACUAUUCAUUGUCUAAUAUUGGGAAAUGAUCCGUUAACUUCGAGAGUUGGAGUCCACCUCGUCCAAAUGGAACAAUAAAAUAAACUGAGCAUAAAUUCAAACAAAAACCAUCAUGAAAUAGAAUUAGUGACUUUGCAUAUCAAAAAACAAAGGAAAAAAAAUUAAACAAUUAAUGAUUUUGGGGCCCUAGGCAUAGUGGCCUAUGCCUUGAGCCGGGCCUGCUUCUGUAAAGCCAUUAUAACUUAAUAUCAUUUGAGAGUUUUUCAUUAAGCUUUCUCUUGAUCUUUCUCUAAUCUCUUUUUCCUUUUACUACAAAUUUUGAGGACAUUUAUUAGUUUUCUUCUCACAUGAUCAAGUCAUCUUAAUCACAUCUCACAUAUCUUAUCCUUAAUAAGAGAGUGGCUCUUAUUAUAAAUAGCCUCAUCUCUAACUUUGUUCUUUCUCGUAUGCCCACAUCCAUCAUAACAUCAUUAUUUCAGAUAUAUUCAUAUUUUACACAUGCUGAUUUAUUGGCCAAUAUCUUGUGCCAUACAACACAAGUAGUUUUAUAGUUGCUAGACAAAACUUUCCUUUCAAAAAAUUGGCCAUCACAUAAAAUGCCAAAAGCACUUCUUCUGUUUAACAAUUUCAUCUUUAUUCUGUAACAUCCUCAUGAACCUCCCCAUAUUUUUGGAAAAUUGAUCCAAUAUAUCUUUAUAUUUCCUUGGACUGGAUCUUCAAGGCUCAACAAUAUCACACUUCUAUUUUUACCAAACUUACAUUUCAUAUAUUUCCUUUGGAUUAUAGUAUGUCUCUCCAUACCUUGAACUUAAAGUUCACACCUUAUUUUAUAUGCGUGCUUCAUGAGCCCAUCUAUCACUAAAACAAAGAAUUUUCUGAAAACUCUGGGCAGGCAUUUUCUAAAUCCAUAAACACUAUCUUUUUGUUUUUCUUCUAGACAUUUCCAUCAAGUGUCUCAAGAAGUAUAUAUCACUUGCAUUGUUGACCUACUAGGUGUGAAUGAAAUCAACGGUCUUUCAGACAAAUUAAUUUCUGUUCUUUUGCACAAUGACCCUCUUCCAAAAUUCUGUGGUGCGGCUCAUUAGCUUGAUUCCUUUGUCUUUUCACAACUUCAAAUAUCUCUUUUAUUCUUGUAAAUAUGCAAUAGAAUGUUAUUUCUCCGUUCAUCAAGCAUCCUCUUCGAUUUAAGAAUCACAUUGAAUAGUUUCAUUAACCAUAAAAUGCCUUCUCCAAUUCAUUUUCAUUCUUUUAUAGAGAUAUUAUUUGCUUCAACUGUUUUACCAUUCUUCAUCACUUUCAUGGAUUAUUUCUCUUCUUUCAAACAAAUACCUUUUAUAGAAUAUAUGAUUGGAAUCUGGUUCAAAAUUACCAAGAUGUUCUAAAAUAAUGUUUGUUUAACCACAUUUAUUGAAUAGUUUCAAAAAACACUCGUGUGUGUGUUUGUGUGUGUGUUUAUCCAUCUUUGAGUCAAGUCAGAUAAACACCUUUCACAAGCUUUUGACUUUGCAUCAUUGAGGGCCUUCUUUGCUUCCGUUUAAUCCAAAAUAUGAAUUCAUGAUGUUUGAUCCAACAAAUUUUGCAUAGGUUAUCAGCCACCAAAAUAUGAAUUCAUGAUGUUUGAUCCAACAAAUUUUGCAUAGGUUAUCAGCCACCAACUUGACCUUGCUCCUAUAUCUUGGGACUGACUGUAACUAGACAAAAUUCCUUCAACAUUAGAAGGUGGUAAGAGGAUUACUCAAUCUAAAUUUGGAGUUCUUUCUAGCCAAAAUAUAUAUUUUUAAACUUUUCAAAUUAGGCCAUGUCUAUAACAUAAAAUGAUAGAACACAAAAUUUAAAAGUAAAAUCUUAACAUGUCAUGAAAUAAAGAUUAAAAAAAAAAAGGAUUGAGUAGAAGGGCCUUGUAAAAUAUUUUGCACUAUGCACUGGUAAGAGAAAAUGUAGGACGGGAUAAAUAGAAAAAUAUGGAAAAGAAAUAAAAGAAAGCGUGAGUGCUAUAUAUUAGAAAGGGUAAUGCUAACCAUUGCCUUAGGACAAUGGUUAAGAAACAUUAAAUAUACUUGUUUUUCAGACAAUACUUAUUUAUUAUUGCUCAUUUUUAGGUUUAGACUUUUUUAUUGGUAUGUAAUAAAACAAAUGCACUUAUUGUAACAAAACCAACCAAUAGAAAAUGUUUAGAACUAAAAACUGUUAGUGAUAGUGCCCUAAAUGCUAGAUUUACAUUACAUUGAUGUAUGUGAAUGGCACUAUUGAUUAUUCUUGAUAUUAAUAAAAGAUCAUAUCUCUCCCUCUCAUCUUUAUGAAUGAGUCCCUAGACUUCUUGGUAGACUUCCUACUCUCAAAAGUUUGAGACUAUGUGACUUGGAUAUCUAGUCCAGAAUUUUUUAAAAGUAUUCUCGGUUCUUAGAUUUAUUAGAAGGGGACUAUAAUUAAUCGAUUGGUGGACUGGCACAUAAGUUAUUACCAUUGUUUAGCAUAGAGAUGUUAAUGAGAUGGGAUGGUGAGUCACAUGCUACAUUGCAUGGAAUGCAUACAAUAACCAUGCGGGUGGGUGUUGGAAAAACAUCCACUGAAUGUGACGCCUGCGACAGAUCACAUGGCUUAUGGAUUAAUGAUUUGUCACUGGCUCUCGAUUGUGUAUCUAGUCCUUUGAUUAGAGGUGACAUAGUGUCUUGUGCACUGGUGUCAGUGAUUUGCCGUUGAGCGGAACCAUUCAGUAUAAGAGGUGGGAAUGUUCUUUAUGCAAUCUUUGUGUAGUGGUGUAUGGAGGUAGAUUGUUUGUAGAUAGGAUCCAUUGACCUCCAUUCGUUGGGGGCAAACAAUCUAUGUAAUCCAUGUAAGUGAUUGUGAUUGGAAAUCCCUUGGCCAUGGUGAGCAUGAGAUUGAAAAGAGUUCCAAUGUCAGAUUGGUUCUAACAUGUUACCUCAAUCAUGUCAUACUGGAUCUAUCAUAGUUACCGAGUCCUAUGGGUUUAAUCAGUCCGUGACUCUCACUCGGUUGGGAUGUUAGUCAGUGGAAAGACUAUAGUGCACGAUAAUCGAGGAGCCUUAAUAGGUUCAUAUGAAGUUGGACUGUGUUGCCAUUGGGAUUGUCUUGAGUCCUAAUUAGAGAAUACUCAGGAUCUCUUAGGAUGCUCUGGGGAUUUGGAGAAACCCUCUUAGUAGAUCGAUGGGAUCGGUCGACAUCAAGGAGUUGACGUGUCCUGAUUGCUAAAUGGUUGUGAACCUAAAAAGUCACGCGCAUAUCAAAUAAUGUAGUGGAUUAGUGAUCCAUUGCUAUUAGUGUGUUUCUUGUCGCUGUUGGACAGUGAUGUUGGUUGCUAUAUCAUAUGUGGGACACAUGAAUCUAUGAUUAUGGGAGAUGGCUAUUGGAUAGCAGGGCCUUAGAGGCAAUUGGACGAAAAUGGUGCUGUUAGACGGAAUCGGUUGACAGGUUUAUGGAGCGGUCGACCGUUUGGAAACAAUCAACCAGUGCUCACAUGCUGUCAACCGUUCGUGCUCUAUCGAUUGGUGCUUGAGAUCAUGUCAAUCGUCUUGAAAUGGUUGACCGAUUUCCUCAAGCUGUUGACCAUUUUUGCCAUUAAAUGCGAUGCAACUUUGUCACAUUAGAACAUUAAAUGCUCUGAUGCAAAUCAUAAGAGACGGAAUGGGAAGGGAGAGGCAUGAGCAGCUGGUUGAUAGAAGGGAAGGGGAUUUGAAAGGGUUUGGUGGAGUAGAAGAAGGAACCCAAUCGUGUGACACUUUCUCUCCACCUUCUCUCUUCUUCUUCCUUUGUUCUGCUUCUUCUUGCUUGUUGUCUGUCUCCUUCUUCUUCCUCUAAAGAUGCGGCUUCUUCUUGUUCUUGCUCCAAGACAAGCCAGUGCAGCUUGUCACAGCAAAGGGGAUAAUAUUGUAAUUAGUCCUUUAGUUAGUUGAGGUAGUUAGUUACUCAGGUGUAUGGAUUAGUGGAUGUAGAGAAUCAUAGCUAAGUGCACAUGGCCACUUGGCUAGCCAAUUGGCUGUUCUAGAAAGAUGUACUAACCGCCUCCCUUAUAAAUAAGAAGGCUACAAUGAGGAUGGGGAUCAUGUGAGAAUUCUACACUGAUCUUUUCCCUCCUUUGCCUCUCUCAAAUUCUGUCUCUCUUAAUCCCUCUCUCUCUCUUUUCCCUCCCUUACUUCUCUUCUCCUUCUUUUCCGCCUACUCGACCUUCUCUCAAUUACGGAAAGGCUCCUAAUCAGAUCGAGGGUCUAACACAGCUCCCUUCAUCAUCUUCUCCCUAUAGAGUGGCUAUUGGACAACCAAGAGGCAACCAAGAAGGGAUUGCGCAUAGCUCCAGAUCACCUCCAUCGAGAGGGUCCUAGCACGGCUCCGUUGGAGGCUUUCGUGGCAGCUUGGGCGUGGAUCGACUAGGUCCUCUACGUUUGCAGAGGAGGGCUGGUCACCCAAGUGCUUGUAGGUACGAUGCAACUAGCUAGACAGAAAUGGAGGAGAGCAACGCGUAGGCAACCAGCACCAAUCUUCAUCCGAAAGAUUUCGGCAAUCCCAGAAGCCGACUCUCUGCGCUUCAGUUUUGCACUGAGCCGGCGAUUUUCCGGUGAAUGGGUUAGCAGGGAAUAUGGGUCGCCGUCGACGUCGUCAACGAGAAGAAGAAGCGGAGGCAGAGGGUUUCAUUGGAGACGAUGAGAUAAAGAAGGGGCCGUGGAAAGCGGAAGAAGACGAGGUGCUGAUCAGCCAUGUCAACAAGCACGGCCCCAGAGACUGGAGCUCCAUUCGAUCCAAAGGUCUCCUCCACCGCACCGGCAAGUCGUGCCGACUCCGCUGGGUCAACAAACUCCGCCCCAACUUGAAGAAUGGGAUCAAGUUUUCAGCUGAGGAGGAGAGGAUAGUGAUGGAGCUGCAGGCAGAGUUUGGGAACAAAUGGGCAAGAAUUGCCACCUAUUUGCCAGGCAGAACAGACAAUGAUGUGAAGAAUUUUUGGAGUAGCAGGCAGAAGAGAUUGGCCAGGCUUCUCCAGACACCAGCACCAUCACCGUUGUCCCAAUAUCAGAACCCUAGUGAAGUUUCUGUUGUUCAUGACAUGCCUACAGAUAUGGAGGCACCGAAGUUCAGUUCUUCAACAGAUGAAGAAUCAUCCUCAAAGUCCCAAUCUUGCUCCUCAUUAUUAAUUGACAACUCCCAAAUGAUGAUCAAGAUGGUACCACUACCUGAGCUUGCAAAACCAGACUUGCUCCACUGUGAGCAAGACUUUCUACAGCCCGAGUUCAACCCUGCUGAGAAGAAUCCAGCCGAAGAGCCACAAGCAUUUAUCCCAUUUCCCAUAAUUCCAGACCUCGAACCAGACCUUCCACUUGAAAUGGGAAGCCAGGAACUCGCCUCUGUCCUCGGGAGCCCUAACUUACUGGAAAUGUUUGGGAAUGCUGAUGCCUCAGAUGUCGAAAACUUACCACAGAUUCCUCUUGUGCCACCAUAUCUUGGGGAUGAAGGACAAGAUGGAAGGGAAGAUAAUGGAAACUCUUCUAUCCCAGACAGCUUCUUCAGUGACUUCCCAGCUGAUGUAUUUGGUCAUAUCGAGCCACUACCCAGCCCAUCAGAUUGGUGAUGUUCUGUCCUUCUUGUAGAUAUAGAAAGAAGUAUAGCAAUUGUAUUUUGUCCCUCCCCCUUAGCUACACAUUGAAUGAAUGGAUAUUGUGGGUGUUGCUAUCCUUUGUACGUGACUCUUUUUCUACAAUCUAAAGUUGAUUGCCGGUCUCUCUAUCCCGGCUAAAAAGAUGGA